AUGGAUUCGGGGAGAGCUUCUAACUUGAUAGUUAACAGUGAGUUGCGUCCGCAAUCAGAGAAGCCACGACAACGGAGUAUGUCGAUUGCUCUUAGCAGGCUUCGGAGUCCAGGUGAUUUAAAAAUCGUCCCUACGAACCAUGAAGUGAAAGAAACUGAAACUUCUACAAUGGUAACCAGGACAAACGGAGUUCAGACUCAAAAUCAAUCAGCCAUUGAAACUCUUCAACCUAUAAUCGACAUGAUGAAAAUCGCUCCAUCGAAUCAUGGUGUGAAUGAAACUGAAACUUCUACAAUGGUUACCAAGAUAAACGGGGUUCAGACUCAAAAUCUAUCAGGCAUUGCAUCACAUCAACCCAUGUUUUCCACGAGAAAUAUCGUAUCAGCGAAUCAUGGUGGAAAUGUAACUGGAUCUGCUACAAUGGUUACCAGUACAAACCGAGUUCAGACUCAAAAUCAAUUAGUCGUUGAAUCG